AAACUGUGAGCCAUUACUUCAUGCUGCUCUUAUCUGUUUACUUUUAGAGGAACACAAACAGCUGUGAAACAGGGCAGAGUGUCGGGAUGUGAAGCAGACACAGAACAAACGAGCGUCGGGACGUUUCUACAAAACAUGGAGUGUGUGAAGACUUUAUUUCUGCUCUGUUCCUCUCUGCUUUUGACCACUGUGACAUCGCAACACAAUGUGUGUUCCAGACCUGAUUUAAAAGGACACAUUGAGCUGAGUGGGACCCAGAGGUUCUUUAGCCCCGGUGUGGAGUUACCGCUGUCCUGUCAGCAGGGAUACACUCCCAUAUCAGGCCCUCGAAAGAUCGUCUGCACUGUCAGUGGAGAGUGGAGUAAAACCAAGUUCGAGUGCAUACCAAAACGAUGUCCCUAUCCCGAACCCAUCUCCAAUGGAGAAUUACUCUACGAGGAUACCAUUUACCAGAGCACCAUCAACUAUACCUGCAAUGAAGGAUAUAUAUUGACUGGACCCAUGUCUGCAGUUUGCCAAGCCAAUGGAACAUGGAGCACUCCUCCACCAAUAUGCAUACCCGUGUCCUGUGGUCUCGCUCCAAUCCCUGAGUUUGGAAUGGUGAUUUAUGAGAGGAGGGUCCGAGGAAAUACCACUGAUUAUGGCCUCACAGCGAAGUACACGUGCCUGCCUCCCUUCGCACUUUUUGGAAAGCCAACCGCCCAGUGCACUGCUGAGGGCACCUGGACUGAGACGCCUGAAUGUCGAGAGGUGACAUGCCCUCCUCCAGACAACAUUGAAAGAGGCUACAUGUCCAACAAUGAGAGGAGAGACUUUGACUACAUGGAAAGAGUCAAAUACGACUGCAGAGGUAACUACGUGCUCGAGGGGAACGUGGAGGUCGUUUGCCAGGAGAACGGGAGGUGGUCUGACCUGCCGUCCUGCAAAGCGCCUUGUACUGUUGGCAUACAGAGAGGAAGGAUUUUAUAUAAAGAACAGAAAAUUUGGAUCGGAGACUUUGAACCUAAUGUCGUCUUACACAAAGAAACUGUCUCAGUGUACUGCAUGGACAAAGACAGGAAAUGUGGUUACGCUCUGUCAACACAGUGCAUCGAUGGAACCCUGAAAAUCCCAGAAUGCUUUGAGGAACCCAGUUUGGCUGACUACACUCUUCAUCCCAGUUCACUUCCAUCAGAGAUUGAGCAGUGCUGAAGCAGUCGCAGAUUCUUCAUCUGAUGAAACCACAGCAAAAUGACAUCAAUGUCUUUUAUUUAUAAGAAAAAUCGGAUUUUGUUUUAAAAUGAAACAACAUAAGUGUAGCAACCAAUUAGCAACCAUUAUGUUCAGUUGAUUCACUGAAGAAAUAAACUUUGAACGCACUGGUAGCAGCUACAAAUAUA